ACUCAUUGUGUCUGUGUCGAGGCGUCGGGAGGGCCUAGGUCUGUGUCCAGCGCCCUUCGGCCGGCCUGAACCCCAGAGUCAGCUCCCCUUUCUCGCCCAGCUCCCCCAAGCCGCCCCGGGGCUCACGGACUAGUGCAGAGAGGCAAAUCAGAAAGCAUCUCCUGGGACAGAAGGGACAGCGCAGACGCUAUUAGGAUCAAGGCUGGACGAUGACUGCUGAAUCAAGGGAAGCCACAGGUCUGUCCCCCCAGGCUACGCAGGACAAGGAUGGUAUUGUCAUAGUGAAGGUAGAAGAGGAAGAUGAGGAAGAUCACAUGUGGGGGCAGGAUUCCAGCUCGCAGGAGACGCCGCCUCCUGACCCAGAGAUAUUCCGCCAACGUUUCAGGCACUUCUGUUACCAGAACACUUUUGGGCCUCGAGAGGCUCUGAGUCGACUUAAGGAGCUUUGUCAUCAGUGGCUGCGACCCGAGGUCAACACCAAGGAGCAGAUCCUGGAGCUUCUGGUGCUGGAGCAGUUCCUCUCCAUUCUGCCCAAGGAGCUUCAGGUCUGGCUGCAGGAGUACCGGCCAGACAGCGGAGAGGAGGCCGUGACCCUUUUGGAGGAUUUGGAGCUUGAUCUGUCAGGGCAGCAGGUCCCAGGUCAAGUUCAUGGGCCUGAGAUGCUCGCAAGGGGGAUGGUGCCUCUGGAUCCGGCACAGGAGUCUUCCAGCUUUGAGCUCCAUCCCGAGGCCACCCAAUCACAUCUCAAGCAUUCAUCUCGGAAACCCCGCCUCUUACAAUCUCGGGCUCUCCCUGCUUCCCACAUUCCAGCCUCUCAGCCUGAGGGGGGUCCCAGAGACCAGGCGAUGGCGUCUGCACUGCUCACGGCAGAUUCCCAGGCAAUGGUAAAGAUCGAGGACAUGGCCGUGUCCCUCAUCUUGGAGGAAUGGGGAUGUCAGAACCUGGCUCGGCGGACUCUCAGUAGGGACAACGGGCAGGAGGCUUACGGGAACAUGUUUUCCCAGGGUUGUGGAAACAGGAAUGAGGAGGAGUCAACCUCAAAGGCUAAAACUGCAGAAGACUCGGCAUCACAUGGGGAAACAAAGGGAAGAUUCCAGAAAGUAUUUGGGGAAAAACGUGAACAGAAAGGCAGAACAAUAGAAAGGCAGCAGAAGAACUCUGAGGAGAAAAGUGGAAGAGAGAAGAAAGAUUUGGAGCCAGCCACAGUCAAGGGGAAAAAACCCACCACAGGAGAGAGAGGCCCAAGGGAGAAAGGUAAAGGAUUGGGGAGAAGCUUCAGUUUGAGUUCAAACUUUAAUACCCCUGAAGAAGUCCCAACGGGAACCAAGUCUCAUAGAUGUGAUGAAUGUGGCAAGUGUUUCACAAGGAGUUCCAGCCUUAUCCGCCAUAAAAUAAUCCAUACUGGAGAAAAGCCCUAUGAAUGUAAUGAGUGUGGGAAAGCCUUCAGUCUUAACUCAAACCUUGUGCUACAUCAGAGAAUCCACACAGGAGAGAAGCCUCAUGAAUGUAAUGAGUGUGGCAAAGCCUUCAGUCAUAGUUCAAAUCUCAUUCUGCACCAGAGGAUCCACUCUGGAGAGAAACCUUAUGAAUGUAAUGAGUGUGGGAAGGCCUUCAGCCAGAGCUCAGACCUGACUAAACAUCAGAGGAUCCACACAGGAGAAAAACCCUAUGAGUGUAGUGAGUGUGGGAAAGCUUUCAACCGAAACUCAUACCUAAUUUUGCAUCGGCGAAUUCAUACCAGAGAAAAACCUUACAAGUGCACUAAAUGUGGCAAGGCCUUCACGCGGAGCUCAACCCUCACUCUGCACCACAGGAUUCAUACCAGAGAGAGAGCCUCCGAUUAUACCCCAGCCUCCCUUGAUGCGUUUGGAGCGUUCCUGAAGAGUUGUGUGUAAGGGGAGAAUUUGUCCGCAAGCCAUUUCGCCCUUUUGUUUCUAAAAUUCUUGAGAGAUGUGUGC